CAUAAACUAUGUUAUGAUAUUUUCUCAUUUCAUUACAACCCUAAAUCUUUAUCUUUUAUUGUCAAGCCCACAUGAUUGACCAAUUAACUUUUAUUUUUUUUCCAUUUUUGGCCCCACAAAUCCAAAUUAAUAAAUUGUCUAAAUUAACCUCAUACACACACAUAUUAACCAUCCCAUCUUUCACUUACCACACAAUCUGGUAAAUCAUGCUCACCUAAUUUCUUUUUCCUUAUUCUUACACUUGAAUAAACCCUAAUUUCACCCUUCUUUCCCCAAUUUUAUUUUCAUCCUAAUAAUCAAUCUCAAACAAUAAAAAUAAAUAAAUAAAAAAUUUACCCAAAAAACCCACUUCAAUUUUCACAAAAACCCAACUUAAAAGAUUAAACUUUUUCUGGGCUGUAAAUUUCAGAAGCUGGGAAAUUCAGAAAUGGUGGAAAUUUCAGGAGAUAGGCGGGAAAAUGAGUUGGGUAAGUCAGAGAAAGUUGAGGAGAGAGAAAAUGAUAAAAAUAAGGAGGAAGAAGAUGAAAAUGGUGCUGCAGAGCUUGCAGUUGCAGUAGCUGAGAGAAAUUCAGCAGCUAAUAGAUGGCCGCAGCAAGAAACCAUGGCUUUGCUUAGGAUAAGGUCUGAAAUGGAUUUUGCAUUUCGAGAUUCUGGGUCUAAAUCUCCACUUUGGGAUGAAAUUUCUAGGAGAAUGGCUGAACUUGGAUAUCAUAGAAGUGCCAAAAAAUGUAAAGAGAAAUUUGAGAAUAUAUACAAGUACCAUAGGAGACUGAAAAAUUGCUCAUAUGAUCGUACAAAUCGAAAGGCAUAUCGGUUUUUUGAUCAGUUAGAAGCUCUUGGUCACCAGCAGAGUUCUUUCCAAACUUCAGCUUCUGAGCCAGCGGAUACCUCUAUGAACGACACCGCAUAUGUUGUGUCUCCAAUCUCAAGUCACCCCCAAUGUGUACCCCAAAUGACAAUGCCUACAUCAGUGAACUUGGAUUCUUUCACCAUUUCAACAUCCACUACCUCUAAUUCAGGAAGUGAAUCUGAAGGGGCUAGAACAAAAAAACGAAAGUGGGCUGAUUUCUUUGAUAUACUAAUGAAAUCUGUACUUGAGAAACAAGAGGCUCUGCAAAAUAAGUUUCUGGAAGCACUAGAUAAACAUGAGCAUGAGAGACAAGCAAGAGAAGAGGCAUGGAAGAUGCAGCAAAUGGAUAGGAUUAAGAAGGAGCAGGAGCUUUUGAUGCAAGAGAGGUCAAUAUCAGCGGCAAAGGAUGCAGCCAUUGCAUUCUUGCAGAAGGUUUUAGAGCAAGGGAAGAUUUCUGGAACCUCUGAGCAAGUGCUAGAAAAACCGAGCCAAGAAAUGAGCAUUGUGGGUAGGAAAGAGAAAGAUAAUGGUGAAAGUUCCUCUUCACGGUGGCCAAAGGAAGAAGUUGAAACUUUGAUAAAGAUUAAAACUAACAUGGAGUUAGAAUACCAAAGAGUAGGUCCAAAGGGGCCUAUGUGGGAGGAAAUUUCGACGGCAAUGAAAAACUUCGGCUAUGAUCGAAAUGCUAAAAGGUGUAAGGAGAAAUGGGAGAACAUAAACAAGUACUACAGAAGAGUGAAAGACGGCAACAAACAGAGGCAUGCUGAUUCUAAAACAUGUCCUUACUUCCCCCUCCUUGACCAACUGCACAACAUAAAAUCCAAGAGGUUGGAUAACAAUUCAGAAAAUUCUGGUAGUAACUUGAGACCAGAAGAGCUCUUGCUACACAUGAUGAAUCAUCAUUCAAGGCAACAGCAGCAGGAACAGGUUGCUUUACAGCAAGAUCAAGGUGGACUAACUAAGCAAGAUAGUAAGGUGAAUCAUGUUGAAGGGACUGGUAAUGAUGCUGAAAGAGCUUAUCAGGUUGUUACUCACAAUCCUUUGUCAGUGAACGUUUGAAUGAGGACAUAAUGCGCAAGCAAGGUUAACUUUGUCAAUAUGACUUCGAGAAGUGAAGAUGCAUCCGGUUGUGUAUAUCACCAAGUGUUGUUGUGGUUUUACAAGAAAAUGUGAUGUUUCAAAAUCGAGCCUUUGUUGAUGACCGUCGUUUGGCGACUGUAUAUUUGCUAUAGAGAAUAGAGUCCUGGAAACUAGUGUAUGUCUUGUGUAGAAAACUAUACUUUCUCCUGUUCUAGUUUUUGGCAGUCUUAGACCCUGUGCUUGCACAAGGUUGGUGAUGUUUGUUUGGGGCAAUAAAAAAGUGUGAAAAUUAGGCCUAGUAGGAACUUUAAGCAAUUUUGUCAAUCACUAUUUCAAUUCACAGUACUUAAAUAAUGAUACUAAUGUUCUUUGUUUGAAUUGGGUGAAAUAGAGUUGUGAAUUUCAGCCUUU